AUGGCUGCAGGGUUCAAGGAUAUGCAAACCUCGGAUAUUUUCAAGAAGGACGGAGAACAGAGGGAGCAGAAGUGUUCACCUAAGCAGAUACAGCAGGAGAACAGUAAUUGCUCUGCUCUGCGGCAUCGCUGGCUAGUGGUCCAACUCCUGAUGCAGGUGUGGCUGGCGGCGAAUCCAUCUCUGAGUGAGCGCCCGUGCCCCAAAAGCUGCCGGUGCGAUGGGAAAAUUGUCUACUGCGAGUCAAGCGCCUUUCGUGAUGUUCCUAAGAACCUGUCGGGAGGCUGCGAGGGCCUGUCGCUACGCUACAACAGCCUCGCCAGUCUGCGAGCCGGCCAGUUCGUGGGGCUCAACCAUCUCAUCUGGCUCUACCUGGACCACAAUUACAUUGCCACUGUGGACGUCAUGGCCUUCCAAGGGGUCCGCAGGCUCAAGGAGCUGAUCCUGAGCUCCAACAAGAUCACAUCCCUCCACAACACCACAUUCCAUCCGGUCCCUAAUUUGCGUAACCUGGACCUGUCGUACAACAAACUGCAGGCCCUGCAGCCGGGGCAGUUUCAGGGCCUGAGGAAGCUGCUCAGCCUCCACAUACGCUCAAACUCUCUGAAAACUGUCCCAGUGCGUCUGUUUCAGGAUUGCAGAAAUCUUGAGUUCCUGGACCUGGGCUACAACCGCCUGCGCAGUAUCACUCGGAAUGCAUUAUCAGGCCUGGUCAAGCUCACUGAGCUGCAUCUGGAGCAUAACCAGUUCUCCAAAAUCAAUUUCUCUCACUUUCCCCGCCUCUAUAAUCUUCGGGCUCUUUAUCUGCAGUGGAAUCGCAUUCGCUCGAUGAGCCAGGGCCUGACUUGGACCUGGGCCUCCAUCCAGAAGCUGGAUUUGUCUGGGAACGAUCUGACGGAGGUGGAUGCUGUGGUUUACCAAUGUCUACCCAACCUGCAGACGCUCAACCUGGACUCGAACAAGCUGACCAAUGUUUCCCAGGAGGUGGCUGAUGCCUGGAUCUCUUUGACUACGAUUAGUUUAGCUGGGAAUGUAUGGGACUGUGGCCCCGCCAUCUGCCCCCUGGUGGGCUGGCUGAGAAAAUUCAGAGGAGCAAAGGAGACCACCAUGAUCUGCGCCUCUCCCAAGAAAGCCCAGGGUGAGAAAGUGAUGGAUGCUAUUGACGCUUUUGGUGUUUGUCAAUCAAACCUGGGGACAACACUCUCUGAGAGUAUCGCCCCAACCCCGUCCAAUGUCCCGGUGCAGACUGACCGUCGCCCGGCCAUUCUGGCCUCACCCACUGGAUCUGGAAAGAGAGGAGACGGCUCUGUUCGGGGCUCCACCUCCUCGGCGGUGACACCACCUGUGGCUCCUCCCCCAGAGCAAGACAUGGAGCCCGUGUCCUUCCAUAAGAUCGUGGCGGGGAGUGUUGCCCUUUUUCUAUCCGUGGCGAUGAUCCUGUUGGUGAUCUACGUGUCGUGGAAGCGCUACCCGAGCAGCGUCAAGCAGCUGCAGGAGCAUUCGGCAGCCGCCCGCAAGCGCCGCAAGAAGGCCAGGGAGACGGAGCGCACCCUGAGCUCUCCACUGCAGGAGUACUAUGUGGACUACAAGCCCACCAAUUCUGAGGCCAUGGAUGUGCUUGUCAAUGGGACAGGACCCUGCACCUAUACUAUCUCAGGCUCCCGAGAAUGCGAGGUAUGA